GGCUAGUUUGUGUGGAGGAAACAAUGUCCUCUGCGGUGCCCCAUACUUGCUCCAACCUCUCCGCCUCAGAGGCUAAAAAAUGGCCGAAGCUCAACCGUGGCCUAGCCGGUUCUUCUGUCACAGAUGCUCCGCGGAGAUUUUCCCUCGCCUUCCCGAGUAUACCUGCCCAAGAUGUGAAUCAGGGUUCAUUGAGGAACUACUGGAAGAAAGAAGUGCUGACAAUGGCUCCGCGUCUACCAUCUCCAGCGGGCCACAAAACCAGCAACCAUUUGAGAACGCAGACCAGCACUUGUUUACAUUCCCGUCGGGCUACGGCCACUUCUCGCUGAGCGUCUUCGACGAUCCUUUCGACUUCGGAGCCGGGCUCGGAGCGGAGGACAACCGCGACGCCGAGAACCGACGAGAAAGAGAGAAUGCGUCGCGGCAGCGCUACAGUGCCAGGCAGCCGAGGAGCCGUCACGGCUCGAGACGGCAGCCGGGGAGGCACGAGGGAGUUCCGACUCUGGAGGGAAUCAUUCAGCAGCUAGUGAAUGGAAUCAUUGCCCCAACUGCAAUGCCGAAUAUUGGUGUUGGACCUUGGGGCGUUCUUCAUUCAAAUCCUAUGGAUUAUGCAUGGGGGGCUAACGGGUUAGAUGCUAUUAUAACACAGUUAUUAAAUCAGUUUGAGAACACGGGGCCGCCACCUGCUGAUAGAGAGAAAAUAAAAAAUCUGCCUUCAGUCCAAGUUACAGACGGGCAUGUUGCUUCAGGACUGGAAUGUCCAGUGUGCAAAGAAGAUUACACUGUGGGAGAAAACGUGAGGCAGUUGCCGUGCAAUCACAUGUUCCACAACGAUUGCAUUGUACCUUGGCUACAGCAGCACGACACGUGUCCGGUGUGCAGGAAAAGCUUGAGCGGCCAGAACACGGCAACCAACCCUCCAGAACUAUCAGGGAUUAACUUUACCUCUUCAUCUUCUUCCUCCUCCGCCUCGUCGGCAUCCUCGUCGUCUUCCUCCACCCCCCAAUCAUCCAGCUCCACCACUCUUUGGAGCUUCCAGGCUGCUGCGGCCCCGCUGACUCCCUGAUAAAGAGGAGAAAAUCGGGGUGCAAUCUUGUCAAGAGAGCACCAGGUUCAGCGAUAGAAUGACUGCUCCUGUCUUUGUUUUUUUUUUUUUUUUUUUUUUUUUAAAAUCCAUCAUGGAUCCAAACAAAAAACUGGUGGAGGCCUCCUGGAGUGAAACCUCUGUCAAGGACAAUGUGGGGUUGCGUGUAAAAGACUUCAAAAGACACCUCAUGCUGGAACAUUUUUGGAAUUGGAAGAACAAAAUGAAAUGUACAUUUAUUCCGGUUUUUUUUUUUUUUUUUAGAAUAGCAUUCAUACCUAAGGCCUUCCCGCGCACCUAUUUUUUCUCCCAUGGUUCCUUUUGAAUUCAGAUUUGCAAGUACUUAUCAAGGCUCCACUUGCAGUUUUUACAUAAGACCCAAACCUGUAUUGAUGUGAAGACUCGCUUUAUACACAAAUGCAGCAAAUUUUAUAUUUGAUCCGCAAAUCGUAAACUUUCGCAUCCUCCGUGUAGAAGAACCAUUUCACGCGCGAUUUAACCUCAGUGGAAAGUUCUUCUCUGAAGUUGCCAGUUGAUUUGCAGUAUGAUCAUGUAUGGAAAAUAAAAGUUUGGGUGAUAACACA